UAUUGACACAAACAUGAAAAGAAUUGGAACAAGAGCUAGCAUUAGAGGAUAUGAAGAUCUGGUUAGUAGAGAAAGAGAGCACAAAUCUCCUCAUAUGAAAAAGAAAUUAAAACUACUUGAAGAUCAAGAUGCUCCAGUUUAUAAUUUAAAGGUGCGCAAAGCCAUAGAUCUAGCAGAAAAGAGAGAUCCAAGGACACCUUUUUAUUGGAAGCUGACUGAUGUUAUUGAGAAGAUCAAAGAUUAUGUUGGAAACAAAGAGCUCCUUCCUCCAGGCAAUUCGUUCAUGGAUCAAAUUGUGGUGAAUACAAACAAUGUUAACAAAAUAAUGAAUGAAGCUAAAGCCAAGAGGAAAUAAAAGAGAAAUUUAUAAAAUUAUUAACAGGAAAGAAUCUAUGUUUGGUGGUAGAUUAUUCUCCAAAAAUAAGCAGCCAGGAGUAACACAUCGACUCAAAGAAGCUGUUACACCAAAAUAAGGAUUUAGAUUUAGAAAGGAAUUCAAAAGUACUUUCAAUGCCUCCGGAUUAUAAAACGAAUGAAUCUCAGGAUAAAACUAGACCAAAAAUUUCACAAAUGAACAUGUCUAAGUCUCGGACAAUUUUGACCAACUCAAGGAAUACAGAAUCAAUAUUUGAUCCAAAGUCUUUACGAAAAAUAAGAAUGCUGAAUAAGGGGCUUCCCCAACGAAAUUUUCAUCUCACCAAUCAGAACCUGGUGACCAAUAGGACAAGGACUAGUGAAAAGAAAACUAGAGAUAAGAAGAGUUUGGUUGAAACAUUCAGAUCAAUUAGAAAGAAAUUAAGAAUUAAUGCUCCUCUGACCAAAGCUAGUGGGAAAAGUCAGGUUUAUUUUAACAAAGCUACUAAGAAUAGAGACAUUCAAAAAGUUGAGAUACUUUCUCAUAAGCUAGACUCAAGAUAUCAACAGCUUCUCAGAAGUAAAUACAGGCAUCUAGAAAGCAGAGAGUCUGUCAGAAGAGAUGUCCUAGGCUUCCAGAACAGAAAUCUUACUUCAAGAGCUCAGAGUUGAAUCCCCAUAAGCCAGAGAGCCACCAAAGUAGAGUCAGCUAAGAUAAAAAAGAAAAUGAGAAAGAAAUGCCGGAGGAAUCUUUCCCAGCCGUCUAUGACAAGAGAACAACAAACAAUUGGACUGGACUAUAGCAAGCACAUGAUUUAA